AUGAGAAAAACACCGGCCAAGAGCGAGUCGGACUCAAGCACGAAGGUAGCGUACCUGCCUAUUGCGCCAGAGUGUGGGUUCGAUCCCCGCUACUGUAUGAAUAGUUGCGCCGUCGGUGAAAGUUUGGACGCGACGAUGAACGGUGUUAUGACGGAUGCGGAUCGGACCGCUGAGAUGGCGGGAAACGAACGACAUUCAGCGGUGGACGUCAGUGCUGAAACGAACAGGAAACAUGACAUUGAGAAAAGAUGGCAGCAACCGGAUGGCACGGACAGGUUAUCGACGUGCGCUGAUCGUUCCACGCUCUUCCGUUCACACACUGCCAAGUCGGCCGAAUGCAGUGUCCAGGGGUCCCCUAGGCCUCGUAGGGCCCCGCGGGAGUCUCGACGAGUGUCGCUGGCGCAGGCAUCGGGCUACGUCCAACUCAACCAGUAUAGGCUGCUCGAGCCAAUCGGACAGGGUUCCUACGGUAUUGUUAAGUUAGCCUACAACGAAGAAGAUGAUACUCAUUACGCAAUGAAGAUCCUUUCAAAGAGAAAGCUGAUGAGGCGGGCUGGUCUGUUCGGGAGAGCUCCACCGAGAAGGCCUGGACCCGGCCCGGUACCUGAUCCACUCCAAAGGGUCUACAGGGAGAUAGCAGUGCUCAAGAAAUUAGAUCACCCUAAUGUAGUUAAAUUAGUUGAGGUCUUAGAUGACCCAGCUGAAGACCAAUUGUACUUAGUGUUCCAGCUGUUAGAAGGCGGCCCUGUGAUAGAUAUACCGACUGAAAACCCUUUAGUUGAAAACGUAGCGAGAAAAUAUUUUAGAGAUGCGUUACUAGGAGUUGAGUACUUACAUUUUCAACGGAUAGCCCACCGUGAUAUUAAGCCAGCGAAUUUACUACUUGGAGAGGGUAGAGUGCAAGUAGCGGACCUUGGGGCGUGCGGAGAGUUAGCUGGUGCUGGAAAGCUUUCUGGAGCUGUUGGUACACCAGCUUUCAGAGCACCCGAGGCCUUCGCACCAGCAGACAAGUAUAUAGGAGAGGCGGCGGAUAUCUGGUCGCUUGGCAUCACCUUGUACGCUAUGGUGACGGGCAGAGUUCCAUGGUGCGGUGAGAGCACGGUCGAGCUGCAAAAGCGGGUGCUGACAGAACACCUCUCGUUCCCAUCGAAACCCGCACUGUCCCGUCAACUUCGUCGAUUGUUAGCGAGAAUGCUCGACAAGAAUCCAAACACGAGGGCAACGAUGCAAGAAAUAAAAGACCACGAGUGGGUAACGGACGGUGGUAAAGACCCUCUACCCUCAGAGCAAGAGAACUGUAGACUGGUCGAAGUAACCGACGAAGAUAUGGCACAAGUCGUCACCUCAAUCCCGAACCUCUCCACUCUGAUACUCAUCAAAACAAUGCUCAAAAAACAUAGCUUUCAGAAUCCCUUUCUACGCAGCCGCGAGGGGAGCGCUCGUAGGGAGUCGAACGUGGGCGAGUCAAUUGAGAGCGAAACGAACAAACAGCUGGCUCGCCGGAGUCCACUAUCGAAGGCCGGACGCUCGCUGUCGGCGCCCGGAAACUAUCUCACUGAAAGCAGGCAAGCGUCGUUCGACAUCGGCCUGGAGUCGGUGCAGGAGACAAAAGAGCGACCAGCGGAGACGCCGGUGAAAGAGAACGGCAAAGUGGAACCAAGACGG